AUGAAGAGCAGGAUACCUCUCAUUCUCCUGGCUUGCGGCUCCUUUAACCCCAUCACCAAUAUGCACAUGCGUCUGUUUGAGCUGGCCAGAGACCACCUGCACCAAACGGGAAGGUAUGAGGUGAUUGAAGGCAUCGUGUCUCCAGUCAAUGAUGACUACAGAAAGCAAGGCUUGGUUUCAGCCAGGCACCGGGUAGCGAUGGCGAAGCUGGCGCUGGAGACGUCUGACUGGAUUCGAGUGGAUCCAUGGGAGAGUGAGCAGGAGGCAUGGACAGAAACAGUGAAUGUCUUACGGCACCAUUACAAUAGAUUGCUGCAGUCCAGGAAGGAGUUCACCAGGAACAAGUGGCCCCUGCAGAGACCCCCACCGGAUUGCCCUUCUCGCCAGCACACAGUUCUGCCAGAAUUAAAACUGCUCUGUGGAGCUGAUAUUCUACAGACAUUUAAGACACCCAAUCUCUGGAAGGAAGAGCACGUCAAAGAAAUAGUAGAAAAGUUUGGCUUGGUGUGUGUUAGCCGUGCUGGCUCUGAUCCUGGUCAGCACAUCCACGAAUCAGACCUUUUAACCAAGUAUCAGCACAAUAUCUUCCUAGUGAAAGAAUGGAUUCAGAAUGAAAUCAGCGCAACACAAAUACGCAAGGCCUUGUGCAGAGGAUUAAGUGUAAAGUAUCUCCUGCCAGAUUCUGUCAUUUCCUACAUUGCACACCACAAUAUCUACACGGAAGAGAGUGAGCGGAAGAACGAGGGCGACCUGCUUCAGCCUCUACGGCUGCGUAACACGGGAGAGGACCCGCUCAAGGACUCAUAG